AGCAAACAAGAGAAAGAAAUAAAAAAUGACGAGUCAGAGCAACCCCCGCGACUACGAGCUGGAGCGCGUCAGCGACGCAGGCCAGCCCUUCUCCGAGGAGGUGAUAGCGUCACCGGUGAAGCAAGGCUGUGGAACCAUCAACGAGUUCACCUCAACUCCGGUAUCCGAGGACGAGUUUGUGAGUCUCGGCGGCGACUACGUCCCCGGCAACCGCUUCUCCGCGCUGAUGCACAGGUUUGUCCCGCACGGCGGCAUCCUGUCGAACUCCUACAACCUCGCUGCGGUCACGCUCGGCUCGGGUGUGAUUGCCCUGCCCUCGUCCUUUAAGGCCACCGGCAUCGUCACGUCGAUCCUCGUGCUUAUCGUGAUCACCCUCAGCACGGUUUACUCCGUCUACGUUAUGAUGCAGGCGGCGGACAAGACGGGGCGGCGCAUGUACUCGUACGAGGCCCUCGCCCGCGGUCUGCUCGGUCGCGGCUGGGACUACCUCGCGGCGUUUCACAUGUGGAUGUUCUGCUUCGGCUCCUGCGUCUCGUACGUCAUCUCGACUGGCGACCUGCUGAGCCGUGCGACGGACGACCCGUCGGUGGACAGCUUCAUCCGCUCCACCUGGGGCAACCGUGUGCUGGUCAUCGUGAUCUGGUUCUGUGUGAUGCUGCCCCUGUCGAUCCCGAAGGAGAUCAACUCCCUGCGCUACUUCUCCAUCGUGGGUGUAUCGUGCAUGAUGUACUUCGUCAUUAUCAUCAUUGUUCACGCCGCGAUGAACGGCUUCGAGGACGGCAGGCCGAUCCACGAGGUGCACAUGUUCAACACCGGCAACAGCGCCCUGGUCGGUUUCUCGAACUUCCUCUUCGCGUUUUUGGCGCAGACGAACGUGUUUGAGGUGGCGCGCGAGACGCCGAACCCGACGCCGCGCCGCGUGACGAUUGACAUGGCGGUGAGUCAGACCAUCUGCUGCGUGCUGUACGCCUUUGCGGGCGUCUUCGGCUACCUCGACUUCGGCGAGAAGGUAGAGGACUCCAUCCUGCUGAACUACAACUUGCGCGGCGACGUGAAGGUCGCCAUCGCCUACGUGGGCAUCGCACUGAAGAUGUGCGUGGGCUUUGCGCUGUGCAUGCAGCCCUCACGUGAUGCCGUGUACUACUGCCUCGGCUGGCACAUCCCGAUGUUCAAGGACAUCCGCACCGUGCCGUUGUGGCUGAACGCGGUCAUCUGCACUUUCAUGUCGAUCGUGGCGCUCGUCCUGGGCAUCUUCAUCCCUCGUGUGACCAUCGUGUUUGGCCUUGUCGGCAGCUUCAGUGGCGGCUUCCUCGGGUUCAUCUUCCCAGCGCUGUUUGUGAUGUUCGCGGGCAACUGGGGCCUGAAGCAGGUGGGCUGGUUCCACUACAUCUGCACGUAUCUGCUUCUCAUUGCCGGCGUGAUCGCGUGCGUCUUUGGCACCGUCGCUGCCAUCUAUGGUGAAGUGAAAUAA